AUGGGUGGUGCUAGUUUAGACGGUAUUGGAUCUGGCGAGGUUAGCAAGGAGGGUCACGCCCAGAUGAAAGGCGCCCGCGAAGGAGCUGAGGGCGGUGCACAUGGCGCCCAAGGUGCCGCUGGAGGAGCCCAAGGCGAUGUUGGAGGCACCCAAGGGGUAACUAGAGAUGCCCAAGGUGCUACAAGGGGCUGUUGGGGUACCCAAGGGGCACUGCUAGAGGUGCGCAAGGGGCUGCUGGAGAUUCCCAAGGCACUGUUGGAGGAGCUUAAGGGGCUGUUGG